ACAUUCAUCAUUCCUAACUCACUUUCACUAUUUUCAACCAACCGUAGAAGCAAACCCAAAUCCAAACCCAACAUCACUCUUAUCUUCACUUUUCCUUCAUAAUUCACACCAAUUCAAUCUUUGUUACUCUAUAAAUUCAACCAAAUUCAUUACUCACUCCCUCAACUUUUCACCUCAUAAUAAUAUAUACAUACUUAUAGAUUGAAUGUUGUGAAGAGAGAAAUGGGUUUUUCAAAGGAUUCAUGCUGUGUUUUUAUGCUGCAACUGUUGAUUGUGGUUUACCUUGUGGUUCAAUGCUUUGAUGUGCAAGUGCAGGCUGAUUUGAAUGCUACACUGGUUGUAGAUGCUUCUCAGGCAUCUGGAAGACGAAUACCGGAGACUCUUUUUGGAAUAUUUUUUGAGGAGAUCAAUCAUGCUGGAGCUGGGGGAUUGUGGGCUGAGCUUGUGAGCAACAGAGGAUUUGAAGCUGGAGGCCCUAACAUUCCGUCGAAUAUUGAUCCUUGGUCAAUUAUUGGAAAUGCAACAUAUAUUAAUGUUGAAACCGAUCGUACAUCCUGCUUUGAACGUAAUAAGGUUGCACUUCGAUUGGAGGUGUUAUGUGACGGUACCUGCCCCACUGAUGGUGUUGGCGUUUAUAACCCUGGUUUCUGGGGCAUGAAUAUUGAGCAAGGGAAGAAAUACAAAGUUGUCUUCUAUGCUCGUUCAACAGGACCACUUAAUCUAAAAGUUUCGUUGACUGGAUCUAACGGUGUGGGAAGCCUUGCUUCAACCGUGAUCACGGGUUCUGCAUCCGAUUUUUCAAACUGGACAAAGGUGGAGACUGUAUUGGAGGCCAAGGCAACAAAUCCAAACUCGAGACUUCAAUUAACAACAACUACAAAGGGUGUGAUAUGGUUGGACCAAGUGUCUGCUAUGCCACUGGACACAUAUAAGGGACAUGGUUUCCGAAGUGAUCUUCUUCAAAUGCUGGUAGAUUUGAAACCAAGUUUUAUCAGAUUUCCGGGUGGUUGUUUUGUCGAAGGAGAUUAUUUAAGGAAUGCAUUUCGAUGGAAAGCGGCUGUUGGACCUUGGGAGGAGAGACCAGGGCACUUCGGUGAUGUAUGGAAGUACUGGACUGAUGAUGGACUUGGCUAUUAUGAGUUUCUCCAAUUAUCAGAGGAUUUGGGUGCUUUGCCGAUAUGGGUAUUUAAUAAUGGUGUCAGCCAUAACGAUGAAGUUGAUACGUCCGCUGUCUUACCUUUUGUACAAGAAGCCCUUGAUGGACUUGAGUUUGCGAGAGGUGAUCCGACUUCAAAAUGGGGUUCCAUGAGAGCUGCAAUGGGACACCCGGAGCCAUUUAACCUAAAAUAUGUUGCCGUUGGAAAUGAGGAUUGUGGAAAAAAGAACUAUCGUGGAAACUACCUGAGAUUCUAUGAUGCAAUCAGACGUGCUUAUCCAGAUAUCCAAAUUAUCUCAAACUGUGAUGGUUCUUCAAGACCUCUAGAUCACCCUGCUGAUAUGUAUGAUUAUCAUAUUUAUACAAAUGCAAAUGACAUGUUUUCUAGAUCUACAACAUUUAAUCGAGUAACACGAAGUGGUCCAAAGGCAUUUGUAAGUGAGUAUGCUGUAACCGGAAAUGAUGCCGGGCAAGGAAGUCUUUUGGCAGCCCUUGCCGAAGCUGGAUUCCUUAUUGGACUGGAAAAGAACAGUGAUAUUGUCCAUAUGGCGAGUUACGCUCCACUUUUUGUAAAUGCCAAUGAUAGGAGGUGGAACCCGGAUGCAAUUGUAUUCAACUCUUUUCAGCUCUAUGGAACUCCUAGCUACUGGAUGCAAUUAUUUUUCUCAGAGUCAAAUGGAGCAACACUUCUGAAUUCAUCACUACAAACUACGGCUUCGAAUUCACUAGUCGCAUCAGCAAUUACUUGGCAAAAUUCUGUAGAUAAGAAAAAUUACAUAAGAAUAAAGGCUGUGAACUUCGGUACCAGCGCCGUGAACCUCAAGAUUUCUUUCAAUGGAUUGGACCCAAAUUCAUUGCAGUCAUCUGGUUCAACAAAGACUGUGCUUACAUCUACAAAUUUAAUGGAUGAGAAUUCUUUCUCACAGCCAAAAAAGGUGAUUCCAAUCCAGAGUCUACUUCAAAGUGUUGGGAAGGACAUGAAUGUAAUAGUCCCACCACAUUCAUUCACAUCAUUUGAUUUGUUGAAAGAAUCCAGUAAUCUGAAGAUGUUAGAGAGUGAUUCUUCCUCAUGGUCUUCUAUUUAAAGUGAUGAUAAAUUAAACCAACAUAAUAAAGGGUUGUAGUUGGUUAUGUAAUUUAAAAAUGCUCCCUGUAAAUAAUAUGUAGAAUUGUGAUAUGAAAUUCUUAAUAUUAUUCCGAAGUUGUCAAGUUCCAUCGUCGUUGACCAA